UCUCGUACCAAAUGGCUAAUGCUUUCGAAACUGAUCCGAUCCAAGAACUAGAAGAAAAUCUACGAUGUACUGUAUGUCUGGAGCCGCUAAAAGACCCGAGAACUCUUCCUUGCUUCCACUCAUUCUGUAAAGAUUGUUUGGAAGGCGUUGUGAAAACAUGUCGUGACGAAGCUCCUCGCGGUCGACCAGUUCGAGAGUUUCCAUGUCCAAAUUGUCGAGAGAUGUUUACACUCGAUCCUGACAAAAAUGUCGCCGACAUGAAAAAAAGUCAUUUCAUCUGCAACAUGGUAAAAGCAACAGCCGUACUCAACCGAGAUCGAGGAACUGGCGUUCCGUGUUCACAUAAUUGUAGUCAAGGCUACUCAGUCGCUCGCUGUGUUACUUGUGAGAAAUUCUUAUGCCAAGAAUGUCUGACAGCCCACGACAAUUAUCGAGGGAAUACCAGUCAUUCUGUUUUGACGAUGGAAGAGUUAUCGAAGCCGGAGAAUCGUAAGAAAAUCAAGAACAAAAUGUAUUGCAAUGAACAUCCGGGCGAGAUAUUGAAAGUUUAUUGUGAAACCUGCGACCAGCUGAUUUGCAGGGACUGUAUGGAUUUUAAACACGUGAAGCCAGAUCAUUCAUGUUUUCUGAUAAAAGAUGUGGCCAUAUUACGAGAGUAA